ACCCGUCUUCCUCUCUCUCUCCGUGUUGACUCUCUUGAGCCGAUCCAACCAUACACGAUUCUCCGGUAAGUCAGACGAUUUCAGCUGAUUUUCUAGAAAGUUUUGAGAUUUAAUCUGAUCUUGUUAUAAAGCAAAUUGCUGAUUAAUUUAGAGAUGCCUCGGGACUUGUCAAGAUCGAGGUCACCUUCUCCAUCACCUUCACGGCGCAGAAAGCACUCGAGGUCUCCUGUAAGGCACAGGCAUAGCAGGAGAAGCAGAAGAGACAGGAGCCGUUCUCCAUACUCGUCUUAUUCCCAUAGCAGGUGAUACACGUAUUAUUUUCUGAGCUAUUCGUUAUUAAUUGGUUCAUCAUAAGGACUGUAAGAAACUAUGGAUCACUGUUAUGUAUCUUGCUGGCUAGAUGUAAGAAACUAUAGAAUCUAUCUGGAUGAUACAAAUGCUGUCUUAAUAGUUUUUGAGUGAUGGUCUUGUUGGAAACAUUUUUUCUAAUUCUGUUUGAUUAUUGUAAGAAGUUUUGGCUGCAAUUUUCAAUUUAUUGGAUUAUUUUAUUACCGGAGUUUCACGUUUUAGAUAGUGCAGCCUGCAUAUUCAUAAAAGCAGAUGGUAGUUGGGAUAACAUUAGUAGUUUCUCUCAGAAGUUCCUGAGCAGUCAUUAACUCAUUAUGAUGUUCUUUUUAAAUGGAGAUUGUUAAAAAUAAAGAGAUAAAAACCACCUUAUGUUUCUAAGUAGGAUAAUAGAAUGAUAUGUUGAGAACAUGGCUGAGAAAUUAAGAAGAGGAUCCUGGAUCCAUGCUCUUGCCAUUAUGUUAAAAGCUCAAAUUUCUUCCCGUUCUAUGGGAGGGGAAGUGAGCUGGUGAUGCUGUUGGUUAUUCUUUCAUUGAUCCUUUCUCACAUUAGCUUCUUCAUGUGAUAAAAGUUGGAGCUGAUAGUUCUUAUCAGUGUAUGAGACGAAGAAGUCGUUCUAUUUCUCCUAGGCGCCACCGGAGUCGAUCUGUUACUCCUAAGCGACGUUCACCAACACCAAAACGUUACAAAAGACAAAAGAGUAGGAGCUCUUCUCCAUCUCCUGCAAGAAGGUCUCCUGCCACAACCUUUGAGUCAGCUAAAAAUAGGAAUGGGGAAAAACUAAUCAGAGAAGAGGAAGAGCGGAAAAGGCGACAGCAGGAAGCAGAACUAAAGCUAAUAGAGGACGAAACUACGAAACGGGUUGAAGAAGCUAUUCUGAAAAAGGUUGAAGAAAGCUUGCAGUCUGAGAAAAUCAAAAUGGAAAUUCUAACACUGUUGGAGGAAGGACGAAGGAGACUUAAUGAAGAAGUCGCAGCUCAACUUGAGAAGGAGAAGGCAGCUUCUCUUAUCGAAGCCAAAGAAAAAGAGGGCGUCAUGCGGUGUUUGUCGCAGGAAAGAGAGCAACAAGGGAGAGAAGAGAUGUCGAGAAUAGAAGAGGAGAACCGGAAGAAACUAGAAGAAGCUCAGCUAAAGGAAGCAAUGGAGAGGCAAAGGAAAGAGGAGGAACGUUAUCGGGAGCUGGAGGAGCGGCAAAGACAGAAGGAAGAAGCGAUGCGAAAGAAGAAAGCAGAAGAGGAAGAAGAACGUUUGAAACAGAUGAAACUGUUGGGUAAAAACAAAUCACGCCCUAAGUUAUCUUUUGCCUUAAGCUCCAAGUGAAUGGAUGAAGGGAAAAAUGAAAAUGAUUCUGUUGUGAUGAUAUGUGUUUCUUUCUCUCAAAGAUGCUUUAUAAUUAUUUGUUGGUGCUUAAACCCCUUUUAUAUUAUCCUGUAGUUCUAGCUUA